AUGACAGCCGCCAGGUUCGGCCAGAAGUUCGACAAUUUCAACAUCAUCCAAACAAUCUACAAAACAGUCGAUGGCCAUGACAUACGAGCAGAUAUUUUGGCUUCAGAGUCACUGGAUACAACCAGAAAGACCCCUGUCAUCGCUCGAUUUCACGGUGGAGGACUGUCAAGAGGCGACUCAAUCUACGCAGACUGGUUCCCAAAAUGGGUCCUAGAACUAGCAGAAGCCCACAACGCAGUAAUAGUCUCUCCAAACUACCGUCUCCUCCCCGAAGCAACAGGAGUCCAAAUCCUAGAAGACGUCGACGAUUUCUGGACAUGGCUCCAUUCCGAAGCCCUAACGAAGAUCCUUUCUCCACACCAGAUCGACCUCGAUCUUGAUCGCGUGCUCGCUGCCGGAGACUCUGCGGGUGGAAUACUUAGUAUCUAUCUCACACUGUCCUACCCGGACCAGCUUCGCGCUGGCACGGCCGCUUAUCCGCAACUUAGUUGGGAUCCACCUGCUUUAUUCCCCUCGAGUGUGUGUCCGGAGAACGCCGAAGUUCCGUCUUCGUUCAUCGAUGAGUAUCUCACGAGUCUACCGCCUGGAUAUGUUGAAUCGUCCGAUCUAGAGGUUCGACGUGCUACGUUGCAAUUUGCUAUUUCGUGUCAUCGUCGCGGUCCGAAAUUCUAUACUCGAGGCUCUGAAGGCUCGCCUCAUCGAGAGAAACUGUUCGCGUUGCAGCGCUUGGAUCAUCCUGAUACGAAACUGCCGCGUGGUGGAUUGGCUAUCAUUCAUGGCACUGAUGACGAUGAUGUUCUUGCAGAUGUUAGUGAUCGGUUCGUUAGCAAGGCGAAAGUUACUUUGCAAGGGAAGCAGGGUGUUGAUAACUUGGUUCUUUGCCUCCGGCCUGGUGGGCAUGGAUUUGAUGUUGAUACUUCGUUUAAGGAAAAGUGGCUUGUUGAUGCUUUGCGGGCUGCGCUUGAUACAUGGUUGGAAUAG